AUGGAGCAAGCCGAACGAUCUCCAUCUUCGCCGAGUGCCGCCGAAGCUAAGGCCAUAGCAAUGCUACGAUCGAAGCAACGACUGAAAGCGUUGAAUGAGAGCCCACCGCCGAAGACAGAAGAUGUACAUUCGUCUCAAUAUGAUCCGAGACGGAUCACCGGGCAUGAUAGCUUGUCUCCCACGUCUCAGCCUAGAGACAAAGCAAGCACGAGCCCGAAGAGUAACGCGAUCCUUCCCCAAGCCACUUCCUCAGCGACUGUCAAGGCACCAACCACGACUAGAAAGCCGUCGCAGAAAGCUGAGUCAGACAGAGGCAUACAGCGUGUGCUCGAAGUUGCUGCUGCCAACGAGGCAGCUGUGAAACGACUAGUCGGCAUGAUGGACGACUUUGACCGCCGCCUUCGGGUGCUUGAACGGCAAAGUCCACAAACCGAGAGCCAGGUCUACGAGAGCAUCCUGAAUGGAAGAUAUCGACUACCGGGGAAUUGUUGA